AUGAAGGCUGUCCUUGUCGCCCUGCUGGCUGCUGGCUUGGCCCUGCAGCCCGGCACCGCCCUGCAGUGCUACUACUGCAAGGCCACGAUGGACAAUGAGGACUGCAAGCAAGUGCAGAACUGCACCCUCUCGGAGACCCAGUGCCAGACCGAGCGCAUCCGUGCUAUUGGCCUGACCAUCAUCAACAAGGGCUGUAGCUCGCACUGUGAGGAGGGCUUGCAGGACGACUACCUGGGCAACAGGAAUGUCACGUGCUGCUCCACCAACCUGUGCAACACCGGUGGGGGGGCCCACGCCCCACAGCUGGUUGUCAUCACCCUGCCGCCGCUGCUCACCACCGUCCUCAGCCUGCUGCUCUGGGGUCCGAGCCAGCUGUAG